GUUCUAUGAAUCAUCUGUAGGACCUUCGUUGCCGUCUUGUUCGGUCUUAACAUUUUCCUCUCACUGAGGAUCAGUGUUGGAGUCUUCAAACCCUCGCACUGGUUAAAGAGUCUGCUUUACGUAAGCGUAACCUCCCAGAGGCGUGCAAACCCUGACCUCCGCUGCAGAGACGCCAGCCGAGUGUCACAGAGCGGCCAUGCAGCGACCGUGAGCCGAUGGACGCCUCGAAGGUCAGAGACUACGACGCCGCCACGUCUUUCCUGGGCGCGUGGGGACCGUUCCAGCUGCGGCUCUUCUCGGCGCUGGCCAUUAGCAUCCUGCCCAACGGCUUCGUCGGCAUCUACAUAGUGUUUGUGGGCGACACCCCCCCCCACGAGUGCUCCGUCCCGGACGUGUACGGCAUCGGCGAGCUGUGGAGGAACGUGACCAUCCCGCUGGAGACGCGGGACGGCGUCGCCGCGCGCAGCUCGUGCUCCCGGCGGAACCUGGAGGCGGUCGGGAACUACUCUCGACGCGGGUUGAUCCCGGACGUGGACGUGAACGUGAACGUGAGUGAGAUCCCUCUGGAGCGCUGUGUGGACGGGUGGUCGUACAGCAGGGACCUCUACCGGUCCACCAUUGUCACGGAGUGGGACCUGGUCUGUGAGAACGCAUACAAGCUGCCGCUCACCACCUCCAUCCACUACGUCGGAGUCUUAAUCGGAGUCUUCCUUUCAGGCCAGAUGUCCGACAGGUGCGGGAGGAGGCCGGCGCUCUUCGCUAUGAUGCUGCUACAAACUCUGGCAAUUACAGCACAGAUAUUUUCGCCCAGUUGGGAAAUCUUCAGCCUGAUUUUCUUCUUCGUUGGUGCUGGUGGAUAUUCCAAUUAUAUCAUAGCGUUUGUUCUGGGUACUGAAAUCUUGAGCCCUAAAUCCAGAGUGAUCUUCUGUUCCCUGGGCGUUUUCAUGGGCUCCGCGGUGGGAUACAUGGCUCUGCCUGCCGCCGCCUACUUCCUGCGUGACUGGCGGAUGCUGCUGGUUUCCAUGGCCGCCUCAGGCCUCCUCUACAUCCCCCUGUGGUGGUUGAUCCCGGAGUCUCCUCGCUGGCUGCUCUCUCAGGGCAGAGUCCCGGAGGCCGAGGCCAUUCUCAAAGACGCUGCCAGGAGGAAUAACACAGUCGCUCCAGAGGCCAUUUUCACCCCGGCGGAGGUUGAGGAUGCCUUGGCUAUGAAGGAAAGGAAACACAGUGUUCUGGUCAUCCUGAGCAGCUGCAACAUGUUCUCCAUCACGCUCCUCUGCUCGAUGAUGUGGAUGGUCGUCGUCAUCAGCUACUACGGACUGGCCCUCAACACCUCCAACCUGCACGGCGACCCCUACGUGAACUGCUUCCUGUCGGCCGUGACGGAGGUCCCCGCUUACGUCAUCGCGCUGGUUCUGCUCCAGUUCUGCUCCAGGCACUUGUGCCAGUCGACCACGUUCGCCCUCGGAGGCGUCAUGAUCCUCUGCGUUCACCUGAUCCCUAUUGGUUUACCAGCUGUGGCUGUGUUCCUUGAAAUGUUGGGGAAGUUCGGCGUCACCGCGGCGUUUUGUGUGGUCUACACGUUCACGUCGGAGCUCUUCCCCACCGUCAUCAGAAACACGGGCAUGGGCUGCUGCUCCAUGGCCGCUCGCGUCGGAAGCAUCGUCGCCCCCUUCAUCAUCUACCAGGGCAAGUACUGGAAGGCGCUCCCGUACGUUCUGAUGGGAGCGUUGGCUCUGGCUGGAGCGCUCAUAAGCCUUUUGUUGCCAGAGACGUUUGGAAAGACUUUGCCAGAGUCCAUAUCGCAGAUGCAGCACGUAUGCAGGAGAAGAGGAAGCAAAAAAAUGGAAGCUGGAGAUGAAGAAGACUUCAGUGAUGGUCAGAGUAAAGAGUCCAAGUUAUAGUCCGACCUCGUUUCUGUAUUUUGCAUUUCACGCUUCAGGUGCUCAUCAAAUACUGCAACUACGAAUACUUGAUGCUAUUUUUACCUUAAAGUACCUACAGUAUAUUUGGUGUAUUAAAAAGCAAACACAACUUAUAGACAACUUUGCU